CGAUGUUUCUCCACCUCUAGUUUGAGCACAACACACUGAAGAAGAGGGCCCCAAUUAAUUAAAAUAUGUGGUGAUAACGAAACUUGGUGAUUUAUACGUGUUAAAGUCGAAGGGCAUAAGGUGCAAAAUUAAGCAGGACGCGCAAUUCGGAAAAUGUUGGAGGAUCACGAGAAGCAACAACCAUAAGUGCAACCAUCUAGGAACCAGGAAACACAACAACAAAUAUUUUCGCGGCCAGUCCACAACAAAGCAAGGGGCAGAGCAAUUAAAAAAUCAAUCACAAUUCUAAUUGAAAGCUGUGGAGAUAGACGACGCAGCGGCACGCAGAGGCAGAAGCAGCGACAGCGAAAGCGAGCUAGGCAAUAAUAAUAAUAGUAUGUCACCCCCCAAGAAUUGUGCUGUGUGCGGCGACAAGGCCUUGGGAUAUAAUUUCAACGCAGUCACUUGCGAGAGCUGCAAAGCCUUCUUUCGACGCAAUGCUCUGGCCAAAAAGCAGUUCACCUGCCCCUUUAAUCAGAACUGUGAGAUCACUGUGGUCACCCGUCGCUUUUGCCAGAAAUGCCGCCUGAAAAAAUGCCUCGACAUUGGGAUGAAGAGCGAGAACAUUAUGUCCGAGGAGGACAAACUGAUCAAACGUCGCAAAAUAGAGAACAAUCGCGCCAAACGUCGUAUGAUGGAGCACGGUGGCUCCGAUGGGGAUGCCGAUCCGGAUGAUAAUAAAGUCGCUGGUGCUGUAGCCGAUAGUAGCUGCAAUUUGGAUACAUAUGCGGGCUCACAGGAUUCCCAGAGCUGUGGCUCUCCUGACAGCGGAGGUGGCGCCCAUGCCAAUGGAGGCGGAACAACGGGACCAACAAGUUCAACGACCACAACAACAAAACCACCGUCAGAUCGCUUAGCGUUAGUUAAUCCGCUAUUGAUGACCGCCGACAAAAUCGUGGACGAGAUUGUCGCUGAUCCCGAUCGCGCAUCGCAGGCGAUCAAUAGAGUAAUGAGAACACAGAAGGAAGCCAUCUCAGCAAUGGAGAAAAUAAUUGGUUCACAAAAAGAUGCCUUAAAGCUUGUCUCGCAUUUGAUAGAUUACCCAGGUGACGCUCUCAAAAUCAUAAGUAAAAUUAUGAAUUCGCCCUUCAACGCUUUAACAGUAUUCACAAAGUUCAUGAGUUCGCCCACCGAUGGCCUUGAGAUUAUCUCCAAGAUUGUCGAUUCUCCCAAAGAUGUGGUCGAGUUCAUGCAGAACCUAAUGCGAUCCCCAGAGAAUGCCAUUGACAUCAUGAACAAAUUUAUGAACACACCUGCUGAGGCUCUCAAAAUGCUAAAUCGCAUCUUCAACGGCAACGACGGCCGCAAAGCCGAAGAUGAUCCAGAGACGCUGCAACAACAGACCCAAGCACAGAAUGCGCGGGUCGACACUGUCAUACAUACAAUGCUGCAUGGCAGCCCAUCCUCAGGAAGCAGUGUCAGCAGUCUCAACACAUUGGACACCGCUGUUACCUCACCACUAAGCAGCAUAGCAAGUCCACCAAUGUCGAACAGCAACAGUGGUCCGAUUGAUUUACAUUAUCAGUCACCGAAAAUGAAUCACAAAACAGAAGAGCUGCCCAGCACAUCCGGCAACUAUCCACAUCACCAUCACUACAUGGCCAAUUCACCCGAGAUGGGUGGGAAGUCCUUUCUGCAAGGCUACACAGAUGAGUACAGUCUUGAUAGCGGUCUCAGCAUCAAUUCAAUAGAGUCUGUGCUCUCUGAAGUCAUACGCUUAGAGUAUCAGGCAUUCAACAGCUUGCAGACACCUGGCUCACACAUAAAAGAUGAAAUCUAUCAUGCUGCUGGCGGCAUGUCAUCAUCGACAACCUAUGACCAAGGGUACGGCGGCUGCAAGACAACAACAGCGAGCCAGCAGCAGCAGCAACAUCUGCAGCACCAACAGCCCAUUUGUGCGCCCUCGAGCAUUUUUAUGGAACGCGACCUGAACGAGGCAGAGCAGAUGAAAUUGCGCGAGCUGCGCAUGGCCAGUGAGGCUCUCUAUGACCCAGUUGAUGAAGAUCUCAGUGCCUUGAUAAUGAAUGAUGAGCGCAUUAAGCCGGACGAUGCGAGACAGAGUCCCAAGCUGUUGCAGCUCAUCAAUCUGACUGCGGUGGCAAUCAAGCGGCUCAUUAAAAUGGCCAAGAAGAUCAGUGCAUUCCGUGACAUGUGCCAAGAGGAUCAGGUGGCAUUGCUCAAAGGCGGCUGCACCGAAAUGAUGAUAAUGCGCUCAGUGAUUAUUUAUGACAACGAUCGUGCCGCUUGGAAGGUGCCACAUACCAAAGAGAAUACCGCAAAUAUUCGCACCGAUCUACUGAAGUUUGCCAAAGGGAACGUGUACGAAGAGCAUCAGAAAUUCAUAACCACCUUUGAUGAGAAAUGGCGAAUGGAUGACAACAUUAUUCUAAUCAUGUGUGCCAUUGUUUUAUUCACACCGGCGCGAUCACGUGUCAUUCACAAGGAUGCUAUCAGGUUGGACCAGAAUUCCUAUUAUUAUCUUCUGCGAAGAUAUCUAGAAAGCGUUUAUCCCGGCUGUGAGGCUAAGAACGCGUUUAUUCGUUUGAUUCAAAAGAUUUCGGAUGUGGAGCGUCUGAACAAAUUCAUGAUCAAUGUAUAUCUAAAUGUGAAUCCUUCCCAGGUGGAACCGUUGCUACGGGAAAUAUUUGAUUUGAAAAAUCACUGAAACGAUGAUUUUGGAAUUGUGCAUAAAAUGCUAGAAGCAUGUAAUCAUCGCUGUGCUGCUAUUGUUGUUGUUGUUUCUAUAGUCUAUAUAUUAUUAAUAUUAUAUCAGCUGCAAUUUGUUUUGUUUGUUCGCUUAUAAAGUUAGAUUUAAAUCGAAUGUGAUUGUUAGAUUUGCCUAUAACACAUAGUUUUUAUAUUUCUACAUCAAAGAGAGUAUAUUUUAGGUACAAAAUGCAAAGCAAAAAAAACGAAAUGUACACAUUUUAAUUAGUUUU